AUGACUUCCUUAUCUACACCUCCGUCACAAAACCUCGCCUUCUCCCCCGCCGCCACGUCAUCCAGACUCACUCCCACCAAAAGACCGUUUUACCCUCACCGUCUCUCCCAUCCUCCCUCCCUCUGCCGCUGCUCCUCCGGCGGCAAUUCAUCUUCCUCCAAUGAUGAUGUUAACCCUAGAUGGGACGCUACGAUACAGGACGUUCUCAAGAACGCAAUCAAACGGUUUGAUUCGGUUAUGAGCUGGUACAGUAAUCAAGAUAAGGAAACUGAAGAAGACGACGUCGUUUCCGGUGGGAGUAAUAUCAAGAACGAGGAGGAAAGUGAUUGGGAUUGGGAGAGAUGGAAGAAACAUUUCGAAUAUAUUGAUGAACAAGACUGUUUUGUCUCUGUCCUAAAGUCUCAGUUGAAUAGAGCGGUAAAAAGAGAAGAUUAUGAAGAUGCAGCGAGGCUCAAGGUGGCGAUUGCAGCUGCUUCUAGAAAUGACGCUGUUGGCAGAGUCAUGUCUAGUUUCAAUAGAGCUGUUCUUGAAGAGCGUUACAAGGAUGCAGUAUACUUACGAGACAAAGCUGGUGCUGGUUUGGUAGGGUGGUGGUCAGGUAUUUCGGAAGAUGUUAAAGAUCCUUUUGGUCUUAUUGUUCAAAUUACCGCAGAGCAUGGAAGAUAUGUGGCAAGAAGCUAUAAUCCUCGGCAGCUUAGUACAUCUGCUGAGGGUGCUCCUCUUUUUGAAGUCUUUCUCACACUUGAUGCAAAUGGGAACUACAAAAAACAGGCUGUGUACUUAAAAUGGAAGGAGAUUUUCCCAGAAGUUCUAACUAUGCCUACCAGAACUGUGAAUACUCCCAAGCUUUUGGCUCCACCUGUAUGGAAGGGAGAAGCAGGUAACCUUGCGGUCGAGCCUAGUGAAGAUGAAGAAGAGAGUGAAAACAACUCAGACGAUGAUUCUGAUCUCCUUGAUGAAUCUUCUGGCUUCCAGACUUUCCUGAGAGAUAUGAUCCCUGGUGUCAAAGUCAAGGUUAUGAAAGUGAAUUCUCCUGGAAAGGUGGACAAAGAUUUCAUCUCAAAAGUUAUUGACCAGAUAGCUGAUGAAGAAGAAGAUGAUGAAGAGAAUGAUUUUGAUAUAGAAGAUAUAGUUGUAGAAGAUGAAACCAAGUCUGAAACCGAUGAUAAUAACAGUGAAUCUGUGAGUGAUGAAGUCAUUGACAGCAAUGGAGGGAAGGAAGUAGCAGUUAAGUUUGUGAUAAGUGAUAUUGUUGGUAGACUAUCUGGAAACCAACCUAUUAAAGAGUCACUUAGAUCCCCUGCCAAUCUUGAAUCUGUGGAGAAGUCUUCGUUUUAUCUUCGGUUAGAGAAAGAUUUAAACGUACACGAAGAGUCCAAAGGUGUGGAAGGUACAUUAGUUGGUGACAAAGGUAACCGCCAAAGUAGACGCAGGGUUGAUAACAUUAUAGUUGAUCUGGCUAAAUCCAUUGAGAAAGAGAAGAAGAUCUCUGUCAAGAUGCUUAAGGAUGUUGGAGAGCUGUUAAGGCUCACUCUAAGCCAGGCUCAGAACCGUCAACAGUUGUCUGGUUUAACUAAAUUCCGUCGUAUUGAUGUGACACCAUCGCUAGAUCCUCUAAAUGGGCUAUAUAUUGGAGCACAUGGGCGGUAUACAUCAGAAGUAAUUCAUCUAAAACGAAAAUUUGGCCAGUGGAAAAGUGGAAAGGAGUCUAAGAAGCCAAGUGAUAUUGAAUUUUAUGAAUAUGUUGAAGCUGUGAAAUUAACUGGAGAUCCUUAUGUGCCUGCUGGGAAGGUAGCAUUUCGCGCAAAGAUUGGUAGACGUUAUGAGCUUCCUCAUAGAGGUCUCAUCCCUGAAGAAUUUGGAGUGAUUGCUAGAUACAAAGGACAAGGUAGGCUUGCUGGUCCUGGAUUUCGUAAACCAAUAUGGGUGGACGGCGAGCUUGUUAUCCUAGAUGGAAAGCAUGUUAAAGGAGGACCUGUCGUUGGAUUUGUCUAUUGGGAUCCUGAAUAUCACUUUGUGAUGUUCUUCAACCGUCUGAGACUUCAAGUCUAG